AUGGGCAAGCUCUGUACUUGUCUCUCGAGCCUAUCGGGGUGCAGAUACGAACAGUGCGCAUGGAUCGGAUCAUACACUUGUCCACGCAAGCCUCCGUCUGCGACUGCGGGCAAGGAGAUCCACCAAGAUCCUGAAGCGAAUCAAUGUCGCCAAUCUGAAGCUGCACGCGGGAGAACAGUUCGCAAUCGGUUCUCUCUCCGCCAACCAAGCUCAGAGCCCCAACCAGAAAUUGAAUGGCAGCCUCUCAAAUCUGCCACCGUCGAAGCGGCACACGCCCAUCUUGGUGUCACCCGUCACCCUUAUCGGGACUGGAUCACCGGGGAGAGCUUUCGGCUGGUGAAGAAGGCGAGGGUAGCGCGACUGACAGGAGCUGCGAACUUUCGCGAUCUACGGCGCCGCGCAACUCGCUCCAUCCGCGCUGACCGAAAUGCGCAUUGGUGCGCCUUCGCCGAAGAGACUGAGCGUGCAGCAGCCUGUGGCGACUCUCGCAAACUCUACCAGAUGGUGAGGCGGGCGAGUCGCGGAAGUCUGGGCGAGGGGCUAAAUCGGUGGAAAGAGCAUUUUGACGAGCUUCUCAAUCAUCCGACUCCGGCGACGGAUGUGGCCGUUGAACCGACCGAUGAAUACGACUGCAACGCUGCACCCCCAACGGUAGAUGAAGUGCGAGAUAUUCUGCGCCAUCUGCGUAACAACAAGGCUCCUGGUGAGAAUGGUAUACCUGCAGAAGUAUAUAAAGCCGUGCCAGAUGUAUUCCCCUUGUGGGUUCAUCGUGUCUUCAAUGCGGUCUGGCUCUCUGAAACCUACCUUGCCGAUUGGAGCGAAGCCAUCCUACUACCUUUGUUCAAAAAUGGUGAUAGGAGACUCUGCUCGAACUACAGAGGAAUCAGCCUCAUCGACAUGGUGGCCAAAGUACUUGCAGUGCUUCUCCUGGGAAGAUUUCAAGGCAUCCGUGAUCUGCGAACUCGCCGGUCUCAGGGUGGCUUCCGCCCGGGCAGAGGCUGUGUUGAUCAGAUCUUCAGCCUGCGGCGCACCCUCGAACAACGCUGGGCAUACCAGCAACCAACAGUCCUCUUCUUCGUCGACUAUGCGGCUGCUUUCGACUCCGUUGAUAGAGGCUCACUCUGGCGUAUCAUGGAGGCCGAUGGCAUGCCCGCUAAACUCCUUCGUCUCAUCAAGAGCUACUACCGGUCGACGCGAGCCCGUCUUUGUGCUUAUGGCGAGGAGUCGGAGACUUUUGAGGUGAAGACUGGUGUGCGGCAAGGGUGUGCUCUAUCCCCUACCCUAUUCAACUAUACAAUCGACUACAUCCUCGGCAAGGCCCAUCUGGACUACGCUGGAGUUGCGGCAUUCUUCAACAAAAACGAUAUAGCCAACCUCGGCGGUCCACGUUAA